AUGCCUCAACGACUCUUGAUCGGCCUCUCGCAAUCCCACACCCUCUCCUCCGUACCUCAGACGCUCUCGGCUCUGCGCGACACCACGAAACGUGCGGCGGAAAAGGGCAUCUCGAUCCUCCUCUUCCCGGAAGCAUAUCUGGGCGGGUACCCUCGGACGUGCAGCUUCGGGGCCGCCAUCGGAUCCCGCACCGACCUCGGCCGCGACCAAUACCUCGCCUACACCAAGUCGGCCGUCGACCUGGGUGACACCCCGGGGGGUGCGGGUGAUGAAUGGCUCGAGAACUAUCUCCCGGUCAACAAGGAGACCGGAAGGCGAGGUGACGGCACGCGCGAAACACUCGAAGAAAUCGCCCGCGAGACGGGGGUCUUCAUCGUCACGGGAGUCGUCGAAAAGGCCGGAGGCAGCUUGUACUGCUCGGCCGUCUACGUCGACCCGCGACGCGGCGUGGUUGGAAAGAGGAGAAAAGUCAUGCCCACGGGCUCCGAAAGACUGGUGUGGGCACAGGGGUCGGCGUCGACCUUGAAAGUCGCCACGACCACCAUCAAGGGAGUCCGAGUCGUCAUGGGUUGUGCCAUCUGCUGGGAGAAUUACAUGCCCCUGCUGCGUUACAGUCUCUAUAGCCAAGGCGUGAACCUCUGGCUGGCACCCACCGCGGACCCCCGAGACACCUGGGAACCUCUGAUGCGCACGAUAGCGUGCGAAGGUCGCUGCUUCGUCCUCAGUGCGAACCAGUGUAUGAAGAAGAAGAGCCUUCCCAGUUGGAUCACCACGGGUGGUGCUUCAUCGAGAGAAGAAGACGAAGCAACGUCUAUGACCGGUGGUGGGGUGAGAGUCCACGAGACUCUGGCAAAUGGUAUCCCCGUCGGUAAUAACACUACGCUCAGCAAGGGCGGUCGUAGGCUGUCCAUGACAAAGACCGAGGAGAAUCACGAAAUCGCAUGGAAGUGUGAUAAUAACAAAACGAUUGACGAGGAGGCGAACCCUCUUGUUGAAAAUGACGACAACGGCAACAACAACAACAACAACAACAAGACACAGCAUCCACGAGACUUAUCAUCAUCUGGAGACGGCAGCGGCGAAGAGUUUGUAUCAGUCGGAGGCUCUUGCAUAGUCAAUCCCAUGGGUAAGACCAUCGCCGGACCGAUCUGGGAAAAAGAAGACGAAUUGUUGUACACCGAAGUCGACUUUGACGAUUGUGAUCGAGGACAUCUUGAUUUCGACGCCGCAGGACAUUAUUCUCGUCCUGAUGCUUUCAAGUUGACCGUCGAAGGUUUGGAUCUGAAUCCGCCACCUUGA